UAGAAGAACCACCACCCAAGCUACACCGUGAGAAUUCACAACUUAACACCAAAAACACACAAGAAGAACUAAAACUCCAAGCCUACCGAACCAAAGACUGAGGAGAUGGGCAGCCUAACAGACCAUAGCCCGACGCAUAUCUCCAUGCAGAAAACAGAUAAAGUCCCAACUAUCGUGCUGACCAGCUACACUGAUGGAGGGGACAGCGCUUCGCAUACUAACACAUACAAGGCUGGGGAGAGCCAGAUGUCCCAGCUGACCCAGCAGUAUAACGAGGCCCGGGAGUCGAUCAUCCAGACGGCGAACAUGGUGUUCAGCAGUUUCUCCGACCUGCCCAAGAUGGUGCAGAACGCAAAACUGCUGGGAGAGGCGGCCGCCAUCUUGAUUCGGCUGAUCAACACCAAGGCGGGAGAAACUAAAGACGAAGACGUCCGAAGGGAGAUGGUCGCUCAGGCCAAGAAACUGGCGGCGGUGACUCAAGACAUGGUCACAGCCGUUAAGACCACAGUGGCGAAUCCGGAUGACGAGAGCCAGCGCGAGAUGUUCAGAACGGCUGUGGACGAGCUCAUCUCAGCUAGUAACCUAGCAACCAGCAACGUCAUAGAGUGCACCAUGAAACUAGCCGGCACGAUGAAGACAUACGGCGCGGAUAUAAGGCAGGUCAAGUACGAGCUUCCAGCCAUUCAGGUUGGACAAGUGAAGUACAAGACCUCGGAAGCGCAGGUUACAGGCGCUGGGAAAGUGAAGUACCAACUCUCGGACAUGCAGUCUGGUGUGCAACACACUAACGUCGCGCAGUUGCCAACAGUUCAGGUCGCUCAGGUUCACUACCAAGUUCAGUUUGCUCAAGUCCAUUACCAAGGCCAAAACGUCCAGCCUGCUGGUGGACAAGUGAAGUACCAACUGCAAGGGAUACAGUCGGGAGCAGUACAAGGCAAUGUGGUCCAUGGCUUAUCGACAGUUCAGAAUGUCCAGUCGGCUGGUGGACAGAUCAAGUACCAACUGCAAGGGGUGCAGUCGGGAGUGGCACAAGGCAAUGUGGUGCAGGGCUUACAAGGAGUUCAGAAUGUCCAGUCGGCUGGUGGACAGAUCAAGUACCAACUGCAAGGGGUACAGUCCGGAGUGACACAAGGCAAUGUGGUCCAGGGAUUACCAGGAGUUCAGGUGAAAUACCAGCUUCCAACAGACCAAAUGCGCAGUGACGUGCGUUACGUCACCAUGGACGGGGGACAGCUAGCGACGAUGGACAGCAAGUACAGCACAUUGGACAGCCGCAACGCGACCUUGGGCAGCAACAUCAGCGGCCAGAUCCUCGUACUGGACAGCAGGUACAACACGUUGGACAGCAGCCAUUACAUCAGCGGGAACAGCAGGGGCAGCACGCUGGACAGCACGGUGACGUCAUCGACCAUGGAGUCCUUCAAUGAGUCGUCGGUCUCGACCAGGGCCGACUACAGCACCAGGAAAGGCUAUGACAUCAAGACAAGAGUUGUAGAUGAAACACAGGUCGAGUACAACUAUGGCGGCGUGAAGAAGGGGUUAAAGGGCACUGCCCUGGUGAACCUGAACGCCCUGAGCCAGGAGCGGAAACGGAAACACGGCGGUGACCUCGAGCAGGAGGUCAGGUUCGUGGAGGAGAAGAAGACCAUAUAUGAGUGGGGGAUCGACGGCAAGAUGUCCGGGAAGGCGAUCGUGAAUCUGGACGCGCUCAACAAGAGGAAGAAACGCAGGGUCAGGAGAAGGAAGAUUGUUGAAGAAGGAUACGAGGAAUACGAGGUUGGUGCUGAAAUUGAUGAAAACUGAGUGGCCGGAUGAGGGAGUGAGGGGGUGAGUGAUGAGUUCUCGCGCUCUCGCGAGAUUAGGCCACUCCGUGAACAAGAUGGACUGAUAGCCAUAGAAUUUACUAGGAACUUAAACCUUCUUGUUUUUCAGGAUAACGGAGAGCGCCUGGACCUUGAUGAGGUAACGCCCAACUACGAGGCGUUUUAUCGGUUCAUGGGCAGAGGCGAGCCGAUAGACUAUGAGAAGAAAAAGCCGGAGCCUCCUCCUGAUCUGUCUGAUUUCAUUGACCUGUCUGACGAGUUGGACCCUGACGACAUGUUCGAGGGCCUUACGGAAACGGAGGAGAGGAAAGUGAGUCCGGAGAACAUUCCUCCCGACUUCUCCGCCUUCUUCGCCACAUACCUGAGCACGUACGGAUGGCCGGACGACCCGGAGGUUCUGGGACCGGGAGCCAAGCCCAUCGAGGAACUGAUCGACCCAAAGUUCCUGCUGAAACCAGACGACCCCGACGGAGCUGAGUCAGUGGUAUCAGAGGCGGAAUCGGCAAAGUGCGGACCUGAUCUUCUUGGUGGCCCUGGAGGAGUAGCAAGGGUGUUCGUCCUGCCGGACUAUGACUCUUACUUCCUCCGCGCGAAGACCAAGCCGCAGGGGAAAUACGUGCAGUGUGAUCUCGGGGAGGACACGGGCGGAGGGCAGCGGAAAAUCGCAGUCGGGUUCAUGAUACCGUACAGAAGGAUCGUGCUCGCAUGCGCACCAGCUGACGAACCUCGGAAGAAGGCGCAGGCGCAGUUGGUUCGUGUCCUUAAGACGUUCCAUUCGAUUUCGGUGAAGGUGAUCAGAGCGGUCCUGUCCACGCGGACACGGGUUGUCUACAAACGGACCUACCGGAGAAGGAAGAACGGCGGGGAGGAAGCGGCGAAGCAGAAGACACAGGCAGAGCUGAAGGAAGAGGAACUGAUGCAGAAGUUCCAAGAGGCAAAAGCGAAAGUGAAGGACAGAGAGGCGGAGUCUUACGGUCAGGCGGAGGGAAAGUUGCUGCAGUCGAAAGAUUCCAUGAAGUCGGCGGCGAUGGAAGCAAAGGAAGCUUUCCUGAAGUACGCCGCUUCCGCCGGGGCGAGCGGACAAGGCGGUGGGGAGGGUGGCGGUGACGGUGACGUGACGUGGUCGAAGUCGGAGGUUGUGGUGUCGAGACAGUCGUGCGCGGAGCUGGCCGGACUCCUGAUGCAGUUCCAACAGUCUUACCAGGACGUCCUGGACGCAAGCAUGAUCCUGGGAAAACACACAAAGGUGGAGUGGCACCAGAAGUGCGUUGUCAAGACGACCAAGUUCUUCAGUUUCUCGGCGACGACAGUGAUCAAAGGGGCCCGCCUCUUCACAAGUUCUUCCGACAUUCACAACACCAAGACCAAGCUGGCCCUGGCAGCACAGGAUCUGACGACAUCGAUAGAUGAGAUGAUCAACGUCUGCCACGAAAAGUUCCCGGAUGAGAACGCAGAGGCUGCCGGGAACGGGAUUCAGCCUGACAAGCUUCUGGAGCUGCUGAAGACAAUUACCACCAACGCCCCGAAUUCGGACCUCCCAGAGAUCAAGGAGUUCAAAGAACUCGCCGCCAUCAUGGCUGAGUCACGUGGUGACACGCGCAUGGGCAAAGCAGUGCAAGCACGGAUGGAACUCCUGGCUACAUACCUGCAGAACAAUCCGGACUACUGCGGGUUCGACUUCGCCGAGUACAAGAAGCGCAUUGUGGGCUUCACAGCGGCAUAAGAAAUAUUUAUUCUGACCUUCUGACAACACAGAAUAUCGGGUUCUAGAAAGUUAUUCUACUUUGCAGAGAACAAGAAGUGUAUCGUGGAAUUUACAGCUGCAUAAAAACGGAGUAUGAAUAGACAAUACGCAUAAUGAAUUUCCAGAAGCCAUGAGCCUCAAAAAAGUUCUUCAACUGCACCGAGUGCGAGUAGUUUCUGAACUUUUUAGUAGCAUA